CUCAUAAUCAAGCAUAUGCUACUUUCCGAAAGAGCUACGGCCGAAGACAUUUUGGAGGUAUGGUAUUCUUCAACAUGGUCGGAACCAACUCUCAAUUCCUUCCGUCGCGCCUUGUCUCGUGCCCUUGACGAGGCAGAGCGAUGUAGAGAUCUCGGUCCUCUACGGAGAUUAACCCAAUGGCGUGCCGAGGUUGAGAUAUUCGCCUGUGCCACCACUCUGCAAGCGAAAGCGAAUCAUGCGUAUCACCACUGGUACGAAACCCAAGUGAAGAGCGACCCUGAGCAAAAUACAUUCGAGAUCGGUAGCUUUUUGGAGGAGUCUGACCGCAUUGCUGCCUGCCUCUACACAGCAACGGGCGAAGUCAUCGCGAAGAGCCGACAAAAUACUAGUACACUGGAGGAGUCCUCUGAGUGGACUAGGAAGUCGAAGUUUGCAAACGUCACGAUGCUUUCGAACGACCAGAACGACUGCGCAACAAUCUUCGAUCUACUCCCGGUGCAGCGUGUCUUGGAAUCGAAAGCAAAAAACGGCAAUUGUAAUAUUGUCGACGCCAUUGUAGCCUGUUUGCUCGACGAUAUCCGGAUUCUGAAGGACCGGGUGACGUCGAAAAAAGUCGUGAUCAUGACGCCCCUGCGAGCACAGGUAAGUCUCGAAGACAGCGACGUGCUCAAGUUAAGGACGCUUGUUCCUGUAAUUCAUCUUAAGAGCAGGCAUCUUUGCCACGUUUUCAAGAGGAAAAGGCGUCAAAGAUGACCUUCAAGAUAGAUGAAUAUAUGUGAGGUCUAAUCAAAUACAUUUACUGUAUAGCUGGUAUUCCACGAACCAUGUCCUGGUCGAACGUGGUGGACUACAUACGAUAUUGCUCUCGGGAAAAAUAG